AUGUUGAGACCAGCCGAAGUGGGACUAUCGGACGACGAUAUCCAGUUAAUUGUGGCUCGCUAUCUGGGGACCAGCACGGUUCUGAUAACAGUUCGGGAUGCUUGGAUUGAGAGUUUCGGCGGAAGUCCGGCUGGGUUCCUGGCUGAUCAUUUUACGCUGAAGAUCCAAGUCAAUGGCGCUGCUGCUGGAUUGGAAAGCCAACAGUUAUCGUUCUUUUUGAAAAUUAUACCCAUUGGUAAUCCUGUUCUGGCAAAGUAUUUGCGAGAGAUCGGAAGUUUUCCAAAGGAGGUCAAUCUGUACCAGAAAAUCAUUCCCAGAAUUCAGCAACAAAUCAAGAGCAGACAAAUUGUUCCCAAGUAUCUGUUGACUAAAGAAGAUCGAAUAAUUGUCAUGGAGAAUGUUAAGGUAAAAGGAUUUGAUAUAUUGAAAGGCAAUAGUGGAAUAAUGGAUUACGCACAUCUAUCAAAAGCAUUAGAAACUUUGGCGUUUAUGCACGCCGCAUCUAUUGUGCUAGAAGAAAGCGAAGGUAAAAGGCUAACAGAAAUGUUUCCAGACGCUCUGAAGGAAAAUGCUUGGACUGGAAUUAAAGGAAGCACUCGUACCAGUAAUGUCGAAAAUGUGAUCGUUCUGUGGUGUGAGUUUUUGAGAAUCUCUGAACGAAAUUCUAACGACUUGGAGAAGAUUUUGGCUGCCCUACCAGGCACUAUGCGGAGUCUGUACGAUUAUGUAAAACCAUCAAGUAGGUGGAGGAAUGUGUUUAGCCACGGAGAUCUGUGGAGUAAUAAUUUAAUGUUCAAAACCACACCAAGUGGUGAACCGUUAGAGUGCAUUCUAGUUGAUUUUCAACUGUCUCGUUAUACGCCACCGGCUUACGAUAUCAACUUACUAUUUGCUCUCACGACGACAGAGGAAUUCAGAGCUGAAAAUAUGAAUUCGCUGUUGGGGCACUAUUUUCUAAUCUUUCAGCAAGUAUUGAAACUAAAUGGUAUCAAUGCUCAAAGCAUUUAUACGACGGAGUCCUUUUUGGAAAGCUGCCGUCACUAUCGUUUGGCUGGACAAAUCCACGGAUGUAUCAUCGCUCCACACGUGUUACUUCCGGAGCACUAUCAGGGUCAGGCAUUGGCAUUCUCUGCCGAAUGUGCAGGAUUCAUGCCACUACCGAAAGUCGUCAUUUGUUUGAGUGCAUUCAGAACGGAUGGACCUUAUCGUCAAAGGAUGCUCGAUAUCAUACAUGAGCUGCUACCACAGAAGGAUAGCGAGGAAGGACACAGUUAG